AUGGUUUUCUCCCCUCCGUCGUGGCAGGAUCCCCUCCCAUUCGAUCCCCCAGAUUCGAUACCCAUCAGCGAAUUUCUUUUCAAUGAAGCAUACGGAAGGCAUCCCAUCAAAGCCUCGCGGAACCCCUACACGUGUGGAAUCACUGGCUUGACAUAUACGGCAUCCGAGCAAGUGGAUAGGGUCGAGCUUUUGGCACGGUCUCUAGCCAAUGAAUUCGGAUGGCAUCCAAACAAGGGAUCUGAAUGGGAUAAGGUUGUCGGGAUAUUCGCGCUGAACACAGUCGAUUCGAUGACCUUGUCAUGGGCCAUUCAUCGACUUUCAGGAAUAGCUUCUCCGGCCAACGCAGCGUACUCUGCUUCAGAACUGGAAUACCAAUUGAAGAACUCUGGUGCAACGUCGCUAUUUACAUGCAUGCCCGCCCUUGAUACCGCCUUGGAGGCAGCAAGAGCUUCCGGAAUCCCCAACAACCGGAUUUAUAUUUUGGAUAUGCCUAAGCAGUUUUCAGGAGAUAAGGCAGUUCCAUUCAAAACAGUUGGUCAGCUGGUCACGGAGGGCGCAAGACUACCAAAACUGGAACCGUUGAAAUGGUCGCCAGGGCAAGGCAAACGGCAAACUGCAUUCCUUUGCUAUUCGAGUGGCACUUCUGGAUUGCCGAAAGGUGUCAUGAUUAGCCAUCGUAAUGUAAUAGCAAACGUUAUGCAAUAUACCGGGUAUGAAUCAAAGGCCAGAAGGGAGAGGAAACCCGUGGACAGAACAGAAGUUGUUUUGGGCCUUCUACCAUUAAGUCAUAUCUACGGAUUGAUCGUCGUUGCCCAGGUUGGGACAUAUCGCGGAGAUGAGGUUAUUAUUUUGCCAAAGUUUGAGCUUCAAUCGUUCUUGAGGGCGAUCCAGACCUACAAGAUAUGGGCUCUCUAUUUGGUCCCUCCCAUUAUCAUUACGUUGACCAAGAAUCAAGAAGUUUGCUCAAAGUAUAAUCUCAACAGCGUCAGGACUAUUUUCACAGGCGCGGCCCCAUUGGGAGCAGAAACUGCGCAAGAUCUUCAAAAGAUCUACCCAACCUGGAAAAUCAGACAAGGCUAUGGUUUGACCGAAUCAUGCACUGUCGUCUGCGGGACUCCUGAGCAUGAUAUCUUCUUCGGAUCAAGUGGCUCCCUUCUACCUGGCAUCUAUGCUAAGAUCGUGUCGCCCGAGGGUGUGGAAAUCACCGAGUACGAUAAGGCAGGCGAGCUUGUGGUACAAUCGCCAUCCGUCGUCAUCGGGUAUCUCAACAAUGACAAAGCCAACAAGGAGACGUUCAUUGAUGAUACGGACGGAAAGGGCAAAUGGAUGCGCACUGGUGACGAAGCUGUCGUUCGAAAGAGUCCCCUAGGACAUGAGCACAUAUUCAUCGUUGAUCGCAUCAAGGAGCUGAUUAAGGUCAAGGGUCUCCAAGUUGCGCCCGCUGAACUGGAAGCUCACCUCCUGACCCACCCCUCAGUAGCAGACUGCGCUGUCAUCCCCGUCCCAGAUGACAAAGCUGGAGAAGUACCGAAGGCGUUCGUGGUCAAGUCCUCAACAGUUGGCAUUGAGGAUAACGACAAAAUAACUGCCAGGUCGAUCUGUAAACAUGUCGAGGAGCAUAAGGCCCGGCACAAGUGGUUGAAGGGCGGCGUAACAUUUAUAGAUGUCAUCCCGAAGAGUCCUAGUGUCAAGCAGCAGAUUGUCCAGCAACACCAGCAAAUCCCCGCAGCUAGGAAUCUUGAGUUGAUGGGAAAGGGGAUAAGGGGCGAUAAGGCUGAGGAAUCCCCGCGCCUGUUCCCCACCCCUCCGGGAAAACUUCGGACUCUCAAAUGGAAAAAAGUUGGCGGAUUUCAAAGCACAUCGAAGCGUGGAGAAUAA